AACGUUCAAUGCUCAGCCCUAACAAAUCCUUUUAUUCUCCAAUUGCUUCAAUUUCGCGCUGCUUUCUCAAACCGCCACUUGUUUUCCCCCCUUAAUUCAAUAUCCUCUUCCCACUUUUUCGGUUCCUCGUUUUACCUUCAAGUCCUUGUUUCACGGCAAUCACAAAUGGCUGCAAUCUUAGCUCGGAAAUCACUUCUUGCUCUUCGUACCCGCCAGCUGGCUGUAAGCGGACAAGGGCUGCACAGCUCCCAAUACUAUGGCCUUCGAUUAAGUGCUCACUCCUUCUCUACCAAAAAAGAGGAUGAAGAAAGGGAGCAACUUGCAAAGGAAAUUUCAAAGGAUUGGAGUUCUGUUUUUGAUCGUAGCAUCAACACUCUCUUUCUCACUGAAAUGGUUCGAGGUCUAAUGUUGACGCUGAAAUACUUUUUUGAAACAAAAGUUACAAUUAAUUAUCCAUUUGAGAAAGGCCCUUUGAGCCCUCGUUUCCGUGGUGAACAUGCACUCCGACGAUAUCCAACUGGGGAGGAACGUUGUAUUGCUUGCAAACUUUGUGAAGCUAUAUGUCCGGCACAAGCAAUCACAAUUGAGGCUGAGGAGCGAGAAGAUGGCAGCCGCAGGACAACUCGGUAUGAUAUUGACAUGACCAAGUGCAUCUAUUGUGGGUUUUGUCAAGAGGCAUGCCCUGUUGAUGCCAUUGUUGAAGGGCCAAACUUUGAAUUUGCUACAGAGACUCAUGAGGAGCUUUUAUAUGACAAAGAGAAGCUGCUCGAAAAUGGGGACCGAUGGGAGACUGAAAUUGCAGAGAACCUGAGAUCUGAAAGCCUUUACCGUUGAAAACUUCCAUGUGAUCCUUGCCUGUUGCUUUUUCCGUCUAAUUGGGCAAUGAUAAAUAAACUGAUCAGUGAAUGGUUUUGAAGAACAUAUCGACUCACGGUUGUUAUUAUCAGUUUUUGCUUUUGUCAAUGUUUGCAUUGAUGUUAAAAGUGUACAAUAUUGAUGACGUUUAACUCCUUGAAAUCUUGAACAAAUGUGGAAAUAAUUGAAAAUUUCAACAAAUAGAUGCCCUUACACCA